GACAGACAUUGUGAAAAUUGAAAUUGGAAAAAAUAUUCGCUUCGAUUAAACGGAAAAUUACAAUGUCUGGCCACAAUUAUUAUGGCUUUACGCAUGGAGGAACGCAAUAUGGCGCACCAACGGGAACUUAUGCGCCGCAGCCGUUUCCGGGUCAACCGCCGUAUCCGCCAGCGCCGGCUCCGCAACAGUACGCAGGUCCUUCAACUACUUCAGCUCCUGCAGCGACAUACGAUUAUGGGUACGCUCGGCCGCCACAAACGUACGAUACUUCCAAAACUUACUAUCAGCAAGCAGGAACUCCGGGCUAUGCGGCUCCUGCGCAACCCUAUGACACGGCGAGUGCGACAAGUGCCAAGGCUGCAGUUACUUAUGCACAACCCGUGAGACCCCCUCAGGUAAAUCAGAAAUCUUAUGCUACAAACACUCCAGGCUACCAGACGCAAGCGGGCGCCAAUCCGGCAGCGAAUGCAGCAAAUAAGCCACAAGGAGGCGCCGAUGGGACAGCGACAUACUCGAAUUACGAUGCCGCCUUGUACAGUGCAGCGAGUUUGUAUGCCGCGCAACAACAGGCAGGCGCAAAGCCCCCGAAUAAUGGUGGCAAUGCUGCCCGUGGCGGUUGGAAGAACUUUAAACCCGGCGUCGGAGCAAAAGCAGGCAAAUUUUUCCCAAAAGCUGCUCCGAAACCGCAACAAAUCCACUACUGCGAAGUGUGCAAGAUCAGUUGUGCCGGUCCGCAGACGUAUCGCGAGCACUUGGAGGGACAGAAACACAAGAAACGCGAAGCCCUCCAAAAGCAAACGGAAACGACGAAGGAGCAGCCCACAAGUCGCACCGUGAAUUGCUUGCAUUGUGAAUUGUGUGAUGUUACAUGUACAGGAAAUGAUGCCUACGCGGCGCACGUUCGCGGUUCCAAGCAUCAAAAAGUCGUCAAGCUCCACACGAAGCUAGGCAAGCCGAUUCCCUCGUCGGAGCCGCAAGUAAUCGGCAAGAAGGGCGGCGAAGGUGAAGGCGGCGAAAGUGAUACGAUCGAAGACGUGCAACCCGUGGGCAACGAUUACAUCGAAGAACUCAAAGACGAGGAGGGCAAAGUGAUCAGUUUCAAUUGCAAACUCUGCGAUUGCAAGUUCAACGAUCCAAAUGCGAAGGAGAUGCACAUGAAGGGCCGUCGUCAUCGUCUGCAAUACAAGAAAAAGGUGCAGCCCGAUUUGGUGGUGGAAGUUAAGCCAAAUAUGCGGAAUCGCAAACCCGACAAAAGACAUGCGCGCGAAGACUUUUGGAAUCGUCGCCGCACCGGCAUGGAAGAGGAAGGUGAAACAGGGACAGGAGGUGGUGCUCCGCCACCCUUCUGGGGAAGUCGUUACGACGAGGAAUACGAAUACUGGAUGCAACGCGGCGGAUUUAUCGGAAGAGGACCUGCGGGACCGCCUGGCAUGUUUUUCAACAUUAUGCGCGAAAGACGUCCCGAAACGGCUGACGAUCGUCAUGUUGUUGCGCAUCACGCCGAAAUCUAUCCUAAAGAGGAGGAAUUGAAGAAUAUCCAGAGAAUUGUUUCGCAUACGGAACGUGCUCUGAAAUUGGUGUCGGACACUAUGGCGGGCAUCAAACAAGAUCUGAAAGUUGGAAAUGCGGUUCCGUCACCCACGAAACCAAAAACGGAGGAACAAAAACAGGAAGAGAGCUCGGAACAAACUACAACGACAGACGGGGCGACGACAAACGCCGAAGACAAAAACGAUCAAAAUGCCACCGAAAACGGCGGAAAUAAGGAAGCUAAUCAGAUGAUAUCAUUCCACAAGGAUGCCGAUGCCGUUGGAUCUGUUCGUAUGCUCAAAGGCGUUAUGCGUGUUGGAUUACUUGCAAAAGGUCUUCUUUUACGUGGCGACAAAGACGUCCAACUCGUCGUUUUGUGCGCCGAAAAACCGACAACCACCUUGCUUCGUCGCGUCGCCCAAGAGCUCCCGAUCCAACUGAAAACAAUCACCGAAGAAUUCAAGUAUACCGUCACGCUUGCCGUCACCGAGAGUGCCGUAAAUGUCACCGAUGGCAUCGUAACCGUCAAAGUUUCGCUCACAUCUCCCCUCUUACGGGAACAAGAAGCAAAUGCAACGGCCGAGAGUACUGCAACCCCUCAAAACGAACAAACGAAAUGUUCUGAAACAGAUCUACUGCCCCGCGAACCUUGUCUACAGGCGCUUGCCGCAUUGAGGCAUGCUAAAUGGUUCCAGGCUAGAGCAACGGGACUUCAUUCGUGUGUGAUGAUCAUGAGAAUUAUUCGUGACUUGUGUCAACGAGUUCCCAUUUGGACGCCCUUCAAUCAAUGGGCAAUGGAACUGUUUGUGGAAAAAGUAAUUGCCUCAGCUGGCAUGCCGCUCAGUCCGGGCGACAGUUUACGUCGCGUUAUGGAAGCUUUUGCCUCGGGCACGCUCAUUUACGGACCCGGCAUCUUGGAUCCGUGCGAAAAGGAACCGCAAUGUGCAAUUCGGGACCUUUCCAAGCAACAACGAGAAGAUAUCACUCACUCAGCACAACAAUAUUUGCGAUUUAUCGCAUUCCGGCAAAUACAUAAGGUUCUUGGCAUGGAUCAAUUGCCACCCCCGAAAUUCCCACAAGCACGACAAUGGCGAUUCAAUCGCAAACGCAGACGUUCUGGCACCGAAACAGGCGACUCUGAAACUGACGGUAAAAUGGUCAAAAAAGACGAUGCCGCCGUCGCCACCGCCAACAAUGGAGCAGUUGCUGGUACAGUUACUGUCGCAAUGGACACCGAUACAAAGUAAAAAUUCCUUAAAAGUAUUUCAUAAAAAUAUAUAAUUUAUAGAAAGUAACAGAAUAACUAGCAAUUGAUAAUCCAAUUUCAUAUAAAAAAAUAAUUUUUUUGAGUGACUUGUUGAAAAAAAAAAUAAUUGAACAAAAAAUGAUGAUAGUUGCAUUUUCGAAUAAUAUUUAAACAAAAAAAAAAUAAACACAAUAAAUAUCGUAUACUCAACCAUUUUAAAUGUAUUCAGUAUGAAAAAAAGAAAAAUAUCAAAACUAUCACUCACUAUCAAAUAACUACUACUAGAAACUUGACACUUGAUGAGUAACGUAAUAUUAUUAUUAAAAAAAGUUAGAAUCGUUUGAAAAAUUGAAAGAUUUUUGAUGGAAACGUGUGUGUUAACUACAUUUUUCUCUACUAUUGUAUUCUGUCUAAAAAUGUAGUCGAAGGAUUUCUUUCUUAACAAUUGAUAGAAGAUAGCUAGAGGAUGAAAUUGUAAGGGAGUGAGGCUCUCAUUUAAUUAUAAACUUAAAAAAAAACAUACUAAUCACCAUCAAACAAUAAAAAUUAAUUAUUGAAAUUGAACUAGAAA